AUGUUUGGCACGAAGGAAAUUAGACUCGAACACGUAUCUCUUGUGUUUCUCGGUGGUCUGAAAUGGAAGGGAUCAUUCUUUGUGAAGCAAUUUAAAUUGCCAGAAUAUGAGUGCAUUAUCUUUGAUGUUGAUGAUACCCUUUAUCCCCCAAAUUCUGGUUUAUCUGAACAAUGCACCAAGAACAUUAAAGAAUAUAUGAUCCAAAAGCUUGGGAUGGAGGAGAGUCAAGUCCCUGAAUUGUGUCAUCAACUAUAUGGGGAUUACGGAACAACAAUGGCCGGUCUUAAGGCCAUUGGCUAUAACUUUGAUGAUGAUGACUACCAUAGAUUUGUUCAUGGGGGAUUGCCCUAUGAGUUCCUAAAACCUGAUCCUGUUUUAAGGAGUCUUGUGCAUAGCCUGCCCAUCCGGAAAGUAGUGUUUUCAAAUGCAGAUAAAGCCCAUGUUGCUAAAGUUCUUGGGAAGCUUGGAUUAGAGGACUGCUUCGAGGGGGUUAUAUGCUUUGGGACUCUGAAUACCACCACUCAGGGCCAGCCCUGGGGCCAGAGCCUCAAAUGUGAGAAUUCGCCUAGGGCCUCUCAAAAUUUUGAGAGCCCCAGGGCCGGCCCGGCCACCACUAACAAAAUGAAUACUUCUGAUAUUGCUGGGUCAAUAGGUUUGAGUUUAAGUGGCACAGAAACUUUCAAUUGUUCUUCGAUGAGGGAAGCAUUGCCGGAGCUCUGGGAGGCCAUUAAAAAGUCAGAGGUCUGUUACUCUGAGAAAACUGCAAUAGAGACACCAGUCAGAGCUUAGCUUUGUAAUUUAUGACGCCAUUAAUAAUUUGUAAUUUUGAUUUUCACCUUCCCUAUUUGUACUGUUUGUUUAUUACUGGAUGUAAGAUUUCU